AGUUGUGUUUACUUCACUCCUGGUCUUAAGGGAGUAGUAGAGCAUCUCAUUUGUAAAGAGGAGGAAGGGGGAAAUAACUGGGUGGCAAUGGAAAUGCUACUUUGGCUUGGGCUUCUGAUGCUUGUGAGCAUCGUUUCCGGAAAAGGUGUUCUAGAUCUGUCCGGAAAGCAAGUGGUCAAUGGUACCUGGAGAGCCUCGGUCACUCUGCCAUGUGUCUACAAACCAUUGGACGGCUUCAAGGAGUCAAGCGUUGUUUGGAAAUGCUCUCUGCAAGACCAUGGCACCAGGACCCUCCUUCACCGGGAUGAAGGCUCUGAGGAUCAAACCAUCUUGACCACUUUCAAAGGCAGAGCCAGCGUCCGAAAGCAACCGCCGGGAGAUGUCUCCCUUCAAAUCGAGAAGCUGGAAAUGACUGACGCAGGGAUCUAUACCUGUUCGGUCACCUGGGAAGCCAGGAACAAGACCCGGAUCAACAAAGAGAGGGUCAUCACAUUCAAGGUGCUAAAAGUUCCAGUAUCCAAACCAGUCAUCCAGUCCAGCAACGGGGCAUCACCCAUUUUGCCUGAAGGAGCGAGGGCCAGCCUGACCUGCCUUGCCCAGGGCUCUCCUCCCAUCACAUAUCAGUGGUUCAAAGAAGUUGCCGGAAGCAAUGGUCAGAUCGUGAGCAAUGGGGCUGUGCUCACGUUUGAGCAUCUGAAAAGGUCGGAUACCGGAAGGUAUUACUGCGUCGUAAGAAACCGAGUCAGAACCCGGACGGAACGGAGCGAUGCUCUUCAGCUCACGGUGGGAGAAGGUUCUACAGAGUUGAACACUCUGCAUCCCAGUGCUAAGGAGCACACAACAGGUACACAAUCCCCGACUCUCUGGCCUGAGUUCAAGGAGCACACAACGGCUGCGCAAGAAACAACAACCGCGGGGAAAAGGUUCAAAGCAAGGACUGCAGCUGGACCAGUUGUUCCAAGAAAGACGACUACAGAACAAGGUGCAGGAACAACUCAGUCAACAUUUGGAUCUCAUGGAAAGGUUUCUGAAAGGCAAGGUCCUCGGACAGCCGCCCUUCCUCUCUACAUCAUCAUCCUCAUUGCGGUGCUUUGCGUGGUCCUGGUCCUGGCCAUCCUCUCCGUCGCCUUUUGCAGAAGAAGGGCCAAAUCGGAUAACACCUACAAAGUCUCCUACAACAAUAACUCCAUGAAUGUCGCAUCCGGAGACGAGAGGCGAGGAGAUGCGUCUCUUGGGACAUGCGAAGGCACCUAUGAGGAACCCAACCGUAAUGUGGAGAACGACUACUCCGAGGAACCGACGAAGGGCAGCGAAUACGUUGCGAUGGGCACAAAGCCGGAGAACGAGUACGAGCUCCUUGUGAACAAGAUGGAGUUGGAGUAUGAAGGGACCAACGCCAAGUAAGGGAGAAAUCCCUAAGUAUGGGGCUGCAUGCUUGCUGGACUUUUAAGGAUGCUCAAAAGCAAAGCAUUUUCUGAUCUUUGGUCUCUCCUUAAUGGAUUCCCAUAAAGUUGUUUUCUGUGACUGGAGCCCUCCAUGCUCUUUGCCAUCUAGGAAAGUCUAAAGAAUUCAAAGUGUAUUUUUAUGGAACGUAAGAACCAAAUUCUGCUACAAGAGAUUUUUCUUUUAGAGGUCACUUCCAAACAGGUUUUUAAUAUGAGUUCCCCAUCACUCCAUAUAUAUAGGAGAAACAUGCAUAAGAGCACAAUGCAAAAUACGAAGCAAAGGGAUACGAAACUUCGCAUAUAAAAACACAACAGAAAAUAGCAGCAGACAAAGGUAAACAUCUUUCAUCCGCUGCUUGAUCUGUCAUUUUUUAAAUCCAGGACUCCUGUAUGAUAAGAAGCAAUGGCUGCUAAAGUGGUAUCGCUAUAGUGUAUUAAUGCAGUGUGGACGCAACCGUUGUCUAUGUAUCUUAGUGCUGCAAAAAGGGACAGACAGCCAUGCAUGGGAAUUCUGAUCUCUUAUGGCACCAUGGUUUUGCCCUUUCUGUUCCUUCUGUAUGGAAUGACCAACGUCACCAUUUUAUAUGCGUAAUAAAUACAUUCCCAGAA